AUGAGAAGUGUAAAAAAAAUCACUUACUGCCGAUACACAAGAAUGGUUCCGUUGCUUCAUAAAUCAAUUCCCGAUGGCACCGACCGGACGUUGGGCGUGCUGAACGACCAAUUCCCCAGCACGAUGGCCACACAAUCAGCAUGGCUCACCGACAUCCGCUCGCCCGUACCGAUCGGAACGGAAGUCACCGAAUCUGCAGUCCUUGCGACGUCCACCUCUCUGGAGACGUUUGCGGUCAGCUGUCUCGAGUGUGCGGCCAAACCCAGCGAACAUUUCCAAACCGGCCCAGACUUUAGCCUCGGAUCAACGGCCACGACACGCACCAACUGGACCUGGUCCUGGAACUAUCUCGACGGACUGACCGGUCAGCGGAGCAACCUUAGCGCGCCCCAUUAUGGUACCUUCGACGGCCAGGAAGACUACCCGGUGUACGAGAUCGAUCCGGGGUACCAGCUGCGGUACGGCAUUCUUGGCACGGUGCUGCUGACGGUGGCGUACGCCCUCGUGUUCCUCGUCGGUCUGCUGGGGAACAUCUCGGUUGUGAUCGUCGUGAAGAAGAGCACCAUGAUGCGAUCGCCCACCAACCGGUUCAUCGUCAAUCUCGCGUACGCUGAUUUAUUGGUCAAUUUUCUUUGCCUUCCGUUCACGCUGAUCGGGAACAUCUAUCCAGCCUGGAUCCUUGGGGUGUUCUUCUGCAAGGGUGUCUCCUAUCUCCAGGGUGUUUCCGUUUCCGCAUCCGUCAACACGCUGAUGGCGAUCUCCAUCGAGCGCUGUUUCGCGAUAUCAUUUCCCAUCUCCGGUACCAUUACAACCAGACAGUAUCGCUUGAUUGUGACCAUCAUCUGGUUUAUAGCGCUGAGCAUUAACCUGCCCUGGCUGUUCGUUUUCACGCUACGUCCCAUCGGCAUCCAAGGGAGUAUCGCACAGAUUUGUACCGAGCUGUGGCCGACACCGGCGUCAGAAAGUUGGUACUUUCUCUUCGCUAACCUGAUAUUCUGCUAUCUCGGCCCCCUGAUUGUGAUAUCCAUUUGCUAUGUCAUCAUUUGGAAGAACGUAGCUUACCGGAACCUGCCGCGCGAGAUGAUUAUAAAUCGCCAGAACGAAGUCUUCAAUCGUAGCAAAGUGAAGGUAAUUAAAAUGGUGCUCGUUGUAAUAAUCACAUUCGCCAUCUCGUGGCUGCCGCUCUACGCCAUCUUUUGUUUCGUAAAAUUUGCUGGAGAUUUAAUUCACGACGAAAAGGUUCAAUCAUUCAUUCUAACUAUCCUUCCGGUAGCUCAGUGGCUAGGGGCAUCUAACUCCUGCAUUAAUCCCAUCCUGUACGCGUUCAUGAAUCGAAAGUUUCGUGCUGGUUUCAAGAAGCUCUUCCACAGCUGCUGCACAGCGGACGAGGACGACUGGGACCUUCCAACCACAGUGGGUCGUCUGGAGGAAAAGGACCUUUACCUUAGGCGUGUACGAUCGUUUAGCAACGGGAAGCACCACCAAACAUUACACCACUAUGGCCGUGAGCCCUGCACAACGCUUCGUGUGUCCUUGCCAACUUCAGCAGGAAUUGGAGUAGCAAAUGGUGGUACUCAUACUUGAAGCGCGGUCAUACAAAUUGGGAUGCCCAAAAAUCAACGACGGCACAGCCAU